GAGAGGAGGUAACAGAGGGCCGGGUGGGGUUGAGAGGGUGCACAACAGGCUAAUUUCACUGAAAGCCCACUGUAAACCUUUGUCUUUCGUUCCUGGCGGCUCAAUAUGAGAACAGUGCUGUUCCUUGUUUUCCUGCUCCCUGUGCUAAUGGUGACGGUACAUCCAGCACCAGGGAGCAGCGAACUGGUGGUCUCUCUGAAAAAUGGUAAAAUCACAGGAGAAUAUGGGACUGUAAAAGGUACAGAGAGGAGGGUGAAGCACUACCUGGGGAUCCCCUUCGCUCUGCCCCCUGUAGGACCCCUGCGGCUGGCUGCUCCACAGAGUCCCCAACCCUGGGAGGGGGAGAGAGACUGCACACGCCAGCCCCCCAUGUGCAUCCAGGAUCCAGAAGUAUUGGCAAAUAUGUCCAGGGUCAUGUCAAUUGACUUCGUGGCACCAGAAAUGUCUGAGGACUGUCUGUAUCUAAAUGUCUACACUCCAGCUGAAGCUACACCAGAAGAUAGGCUGCCGGUGAUGGUUUGGAUCCAUGGAGGAGGUCUGACAAUGGGUGCUGCCUCCCAGUACGAUGGUUCCUCGUUAGCUGCAUAUGAAAACAUUGUGACAGUCAUUAUCCAAUAUCGUCUUGGCAUUUUGGGAUUGCUGAGCACCGGAGACGAACACGCCAGGGGAAACUGGGGUUUAUUGGAUCAGCUGGCUGCUCUUAGGUGGGUGCAGGAAAACAUUGAGGGAUUUGGCGGCGAUCCACAAUCUGUCACAAUCGCUGGGGAGUCUGCAGGAGGCAUCAGUGCAUCCAUACUGACUCUGUCUCCACAUGCGAAAGGACUCUUCCACAAAGCAAUUUUUCAAAGUGGAGUGGCAACCAUUGGGGACUACACUUCUGAGCACCCUCUUGCUCAGGCCCAGAGUGUUGCCAACAUUACUGGAUGUGGCAUCUCCAGCACAGAAGAAAUGGUUCAGUGCAUCCGAGGGAAGAGUCAAGACGAGUUAGUUUCUGCAACCAGACAGAUGAAAUUUUUCCUAGGAGCCGUGGUGGAUGGUGACUUCCUUACUGGCACAGCUGAGGCUCUUUUGCAGAGGAAAGAAAUUCUGAAUGUCCCAGUGAUGAUGGGGGUCACCAACCAUGAGUUUGGCUGGAUUUUACCUCAGAGCUUCGCUCCUCCUGGCUGGGAGAAAGGCAUGAACAGAGAGUCGGUGCUGGCUAUCGUCAACAUGUUUAAUCCUACAGGGGUCUCUUCAGCUAACAGUCUUAUCGUGGAUGAAUAUCUAAAAAAUGCCAAAACUCCAGAGGACAUCCGAGACGGCCUCACUGAAGUCAUUGGAGACCUGCUGAUGACGCUGCCUGUCGUUGAGGUGGCCGGAUACCACACAGAUGUGGGCGUUCCAGUGUACAUGUAUGAAUUUGUGUACAGUGCAGAUAUACACAAAAGCAACAGGCCAAGCUUUGUGAAGACAGACCACGGGGAUGAUGUUGGCUUCGUGUUCGGUGGAUGUUUCUGGAAUGGACACAUCAGAAUUAUUGGCAACAUCACCAAAGAGGAUGAGAGGAUUUGUAGGACCAUGAUGUCUUACUGGGCCAGUUUCAUCAGAACUGGCAAUCCUAAUGGUCCUGGUCUGGUGAACUGGCCGCUGUACGACAGGCAGAAACAAGAGUACAUGGAGCUGGGCCAAGCCCAGACUGUGAGGCAGAACCUGAAGAAGGACAGAGUCCAUUUUGCCACCGUCACCCUUCCUCAAAGGCUGGAGCAGAUGGCAGCAGCAGCUGCUAAAGCUGCAAACUGAGCCUUGUGCUGCUUUACUUUUAGUUCAGGUUUUUAAUAUUCCUUAUAACCAGGGAUACAUAAUGCUGAUCACUGCCUGCAACAUUUGGUCUUUUGAUUCAAUGUCCUUUGUAAAAUAGAUAUAAUUAAAGGAAAUUUCUUCAUUUAUAAGAUUGUACCUGUAAUAAAACUGUAUUUCCCCUCUUUUUAACUUAAAUUAUAUAAAUGCAAGGGAUGUUCCUUAAAUAAAAAAUAUAAAAUUUUUA